CUCAAGCAGAGCAGGAACUGCUGCCUGCAUGCCUCAGGCCGACUUCCUGUCAUGUGACCAAGUAUUCCCCGAAGGGAAAGAGUCGAUGUUCGCCGGUCCGCAAAACAAUUUUUGGAAGGCCAGCCUCAGCCUCGACUCCCCCAAUCCUCCGCCAACCCGCGUCGUCUGUGGUUCUCAAUGGCGGCCAGUGAACCCUCUAGAUACCUGGCGAGGUCAUUGCCCCGGACUUUGGUGCCUUCUUCCCGGCACCAGGCCCUCUGCUGGCGACGCAAUGCCUCCGAUCAAGCGUCGUCCAAGGCCUCGUCCGCCGGCCUCAGCGACCUCGAAUCGGCCAGCUCUCUGACCACAACUGUCUCCGAAGACAUCAUCAAGUCCUUCCAGCCCAUCGAAAGAGCCAGGGCACGCAAAACUCAACUCCCCCGGAGUCGUUAUCAAUUCCGGUCUCCCAAAUACGACCGUGGUCCUCUACACCCUCACAGACCUCCCCCGCCUUCUGACCCCUCCUCCCGACUCUUCGUCCCGGGCCCUUUCUCCCUCCCCCGAGUAGAGCAGACCUUCCAAUCCACCGUCGCAUCGGACAUCCUCACCCUCCUCUACGUCCACAACCCCCCGGGUUUCAAGCCCCCCGUCAAGGCGCCUCGCCUUCGCUCGUGGGACGACAGCUCCCCGUACCACAAGAACAGGCCCCUCCGUGGACCGCGUGGCGGUGACGUUCUCCGCCUCCUUCGCCAUCCGAUCACCUUCAACAACAUCCCCAAGCUCGAGCGCAUCACUCUUCACAGCUACGUCAAGCAGGCCGCGUCGGAGCACUCCGGAUGGCUGCACGUUGCAGGAAUGGCCGUCCAGGCCAUCUCGAACGUCCGGGUGCAAACGUACAAGUCGAAGGCGAGUGUUUCCCAGUGGCAUAUUUCUCCCGGUCGUGAUUCUGUUGCUGUCAAGGCGGAACUUCGCGGUGAGAACAUGCAUCAUUUCUUCGGAAAGUUGGUCGAUGUCGUCAUGCCCAAAAUCAAGGACUGGGAGGGUGUCAAGGGUAGCAGUGGUGACAGUAGCGGAAACAUCACCUUCGGUAUUGAAGGGAAGGAUAUGGCUCUCUUCCCUGAAAUUGAAGCGAACUAUGACAUGUACCCCCCGAAGAUGCUUCCCGGUUGCCAUAUCACCAUCCACACCAGUGCUACGACCGACAAGGACGCCCGUAUGCUGCUCAGCGCUUUGGGUGUUCCUUUCUACGGCAAGCUGGUUAACUAGAGCCUGCAGCCUUUUCCGUAUAACUCCGUGUUCAUAAGAUUGGCUUUUGCAUAGAUGGUGUCUUUUCCCACUAUUCCCGAGCAAACUCGUCAUUUUCUCCCCCGACUUGUUUCCUUUUCGUUGGCACUGAAUAUGUAACAUGAAGGACAUAUCUGUGGUAUUGUUAGAUUUUAUGUAAAAUACUCUCUCUGCUUUAGUUAUUGCAAUUGUUCGAAUUCACGCUCGGUUCUUU